UCGACGUCGGUGGGCGAGGUGUCUGCGCUUCGCUCUCUCGCGCGUUUCCUUUCCAAGUUUCUCACCGAACUCCGAGAGGCCGCGGAGCAUGUCCUGACGAGGGAGAGCGGAAGGGAGAGCUCGCGAGAGAGAGGAGGCAUCGGUUCCGGGGUCGAGAUGGCGGGCGGGCAGCAGCAGCCGGAGCAGUACACGGUGCCGCGGCUCGCCAGGGUCUUCCACGACCUGCCGCACCUCAACGUGUCCCUGCACUCCGUCGACAACACCUUCGACCCCCACUCGGAGAUCUACCUCGAGAGUCUGGGCAUCCUCGGGAGCGUUCCGGCGGCCUGGCUCAUCCUGACCUUGCUGGUGCUGCUGGUGUACCUGGUGACGCGAUGCUGCGAUCGGAAGCCGCGGCCUCGGAGGUCCAUCGCCCUGCUCAAGUGCUCGCUGGCCAUCCUGGCUGUGCUCUGCUGCGGCGCCGUCGCCGUCGGCCUCUACGGUAACGACGACGUGCACAACGGCCUGGUGCAGUUGGUGGCCGCCGCCAAGAACGUCGACGGGAUCGUCGCGGCCGUGAGAAACCAGACCGACACCAUCGAGGUCACCCUCAAGAGGAACGUGCAGACGCAGCUGACCGCCCUCGGCGACACCUUCGACGCCCCGGUCAGCAACAAGACGGUCCUCGGGGUCCUCCUGGCGGCCCUGAGGAACAUGCAGCAGAACACGAGCAUCGCGGCGAAUCGCAGCUUCGAGAUCAAGAGGCCCCUGAGCGGCAUCGGCCUGGCGGACGCCAUCGGCACCGGCGAGAGGAUCGAGCAGCUGCGCUGGCCCGUCACCAUGGCGGCCCUUAGCGCCCUCCUCGUGCUCUGCGUGGUGCUCCUCUUCGGGGUGGCCCGCCACUCCAGAUGCGCCCUCAUCACGUUCUCCGUCUUCGGCCUCUUCGCCGUCAUCGUCUCCUGGCUGAUGGCCUCGCUCUACCUGGCGACCGCGGUGGCCCUGGGGGACCUGUGCGUCGCGCCGGACGGCUACCUCGCCCGGGCCGUGCCGUCCACCCUGGCCUCGGAGGUCCUCUCGUACUACACGCACUGCGAGAACGCGCGCAGCAACCCCUUCACGCAGCGGCUGCGGGACGGGCAGCGAGCCGUCCUCAACAUGCGGCAGAACCUUAACGUCGUGACGCCCCUCGCGGUGGGCCUCUACACGGACCAGCAGCUGCAGCCAGAGCUCAACGGCCUGAUGACCGAUUUCAAGACGGUCGACCGACUCAUGUCCGGCCUGGCCACCCUCCUCGACUGCAAGCCCCUGCACAAGCAAUACGUCCACGCCGCCCGGAGCCUCUGCCACCUGGGACUGUACGGACUCACCUUCAUGCUGCUGGCCAGCCUCGCCGCCGGCCUCUUCUUCACGGUGCUUGUCUGGGUCGACUCCCACACGUGGAUCUACAUCCGAAAGCGAAGGGAUUACCACCAGGUGGACGAGCAGGACCCGUACCUGCCCCCGUCGGCGGCCUCGCAGGCGAUCGCGGCGCGGACUCUUCGAGGCCAAGGGUCGUACCCGCCUACAGCCCCUCCUCUCGUCUCGAAUCCUCGCGACGUCCGUAACGCGAUCGAGCAGCCUCUCCUGCUAACGCCGCCCCCGCCGUCCUACGCUACUGCGACCGCUCGAGCGCGUCGGAUGCACGAGAGCAUGCUCAAAGGUGGGGGCGUUAACGGGGGCGGAGGAGGGGAUCACAAAUCGGCUCAGCAUAAUCAGCAGUCGGCGAGUGGACGAGCCGAGCACCGUUCCGGACUCGGAGAUCAACCUGGCCAGUACGCGACUCUGAGCAAGCAGUGCAAGACCUUGGAAUCGAGCGACUUCUACUGAGGGCACGCCCCCUCGGGGCCCGGCAGGGAGCCGCCCUGGACGCCGAGUGUGGCGUCGUUCACCGGGACUCUGUCCCACAACGCCCACGGACCCGCCCAUCUGGCUACGUUCCAGGACUCGAGGAAGACGCAGACCCUGGACCCGAAGAACCUGGCGAACCUGAAGAGGGGCCCGACCCCGGCCUGGAACCAGAGCCGCCCCCUGCCGCCGAACCCGACGAGCCAGCCCACCUGGGAGUUCGAGUCCCGCUCCCAGACCAACAUGAACCAGUUCCGCUCGCUCGUCCGCAACAAGGCCCCGAACAUCCGCGUCCAGGACCAGGUCAAGACCCUGGACCGGAACUUUGCCCGCGGCCAGUUCAACGGGACCGGGCAGAACAGCGCGGUGCCCAACAUGUACGGGACCUACAACCGGGCCCAGGCCCGGCAGGAGAAGCCCGUGGCCACCCUGAGCCAGGUCCAGGGCAGCGACCCGAAUCUCUACGCCGUAACGGAGCUGUAAGGCCCCCGGAUACGGCGUAUACAUAGGCAUAACGCGAGGGAGAAACCAAAAGACCCGACCUUUUUUACGUCGUAUACGCGUAGGUCUAUAUACAUAUGUAUACAUAUUAUAUAUAUAUACAUCUUUUACGGUUUAUCCAAAACUUGGCGAUCCGUAGGCUUAGAGUCCAAAGUCGUUCGCGUCGGGGCCGCGCCAAGGUUCGGGCGCUUUCGUUUUCCCCUCGCUAGAGCUCGAGGGGAGGAUCCCUCGAAUAACGAAUACUGCCAAUACUCGGCCGACUUCCCGCGUAUCAAGUACAAACGAACCCGAGGCGAUCUCUCGCCUCUCCCGAGGGAGACGCUCGUUCUUUUCGUCGAUCUCGAGGCCCGCGGGCUCCGCGGCGCGGCGCGGAGCCGAUCUUGUACAUACCCGGUCGAAAACUUAAGACUAUCGCGUUAACGUGUAAAGUGUGAUAACUUUAAUCAUCUACGUGUCCGGAAAGACUCCGAGGUAUUUCCCCCUGUAAAGAUACGCCGACUGUAAAUAACUGUAAUAUUUAUUGACGCGAAAGGUCUAGAGAAGUAGUUAGCGAGUAAUACGGCACAGUCGACGGCUCGGUUUCGCGACGGAAAUCCACCUCGUCGGGGGUUUCCCGCGAAACGGGCGGAAAGGGAGAGAGAGAGAGAGAGUAUUUGCUACGAUUAAGGAGGCGACGUUACGAGAGGGAGGUCGUUUUUAGCAGGUAAAACAAGGAAUAGUGUCCUAGUCAGUAAACCGAGUUGCGCGUCUUCGUUUUAGGGAAGAGACACGCUGGACGAGCCAGCGAGUAUAUUAUAUAAAAUAUACAUAAAUGUAUAUCUCUUGCCAAAUUUGACCGGCGAGGGAUCGUCGUUGGCGCGAGCGCCAAACGGUCGGCAAGGGAGACGGUCCGAUUUUCCCUCGAGCUCGCCGAGUUCCAUCGGCCUCCGGAGUCCGCGACCUUUCGACGGAACCCGGGCGAGCGACGAGGAUCGAUUUCGAGGGGCCUCUUCCGACUCGCGACCUCGUCGGGGGUCGGUCGCGAGCGCGAAGGACCUCGUCGCGCCAUAGUUACCGUUCGAGCUAGUAGUUCCUAAGACCUCUGCCCCGAGUCGUCCUUCGCGACCGUUUCCCCGUUUCCCGUUUUUACGUAUUUUUACUCGUUUCGAUGUACUUUUGACGCGUCCCGACGUCGUCGGGGUGAAUCGGACCGACUCGACGGACGCGAGGAGGGAAAUAAAGAUACAAAGUACUGA